AUGUUUGUCCCUAUGAAUUAUUUGAUGAUGACAUCAAGACUUAGAGCUAAUGUUCAAUAUAAUAAUAUACUAAAAAAGGAUAAUACAAUAUCAGGAGGAACUUCUUCAACAUUUCCGCCAAACAUAUCAAAUACAACAAUACCACGAUUUCCAAAUGAUGGUAGUGGCACAAGUACCAUUUUACCAAAUAUUAAUAGGACUUUGAUACUAGAUGAUAGUGAAUCUCAUUGGUUUCAAAAUGCGGAUAACAUUAAAGUAAUGUUCGCUCCUGAACGUGAAGGUUUUCUAUUCAAACAUAUCAAUUACAUUGUUGAAUCACAGCGAGAAAGUAAAGUUAUAAGAAGAUAUAGUGAUUUUUGGUGGCUAAUGGAAUGUUUGGUGAAAAGAUAUCCAUUUAGAAUCUUACCUAUCUUACCACCCAAAAAAAUUGGAGCAUUUUUGGAGAAACGGCGGAAAGGCUUGGCAAGAUUUUUGAAUUUUAUUGCAAGACAUCCAGUUUUAAAAAAUGAUGAUUUAGUGGAAAUGUUUUUAACCGAACAAACUGAAAUAGCAGUAUGGCGUAGGAAUAAUGCACCAGAUUUAGAUGAAGAGUUUUUUAAAAAAGAAAUUUCAUCACAAAUGGAACAACGCAUACCUGGGGAUUUGAAUGCAAGGUUAGAAAGUGUAUAUAAUAAUUUGGAUCAAUCUAUUGAACAUUACUUAAAUAUGUGUAAUUUCAUGGAACGUAUUGCUCGUUCUCAAGAAGGCACAGCAUCUGAUUAUAUGCGUUAUAGUUUGUCUUUAAAUUCAUUGAUUGAGAAUGAGAAGGAUUGCUUCAUAGAAAAUUGUUGUAAUUGUUCACAGAUGAUGGAUGGUUUAGAACAAGUAUCAAGUCAUUUUCAACAUGCAAGUACCAUCAUGGAAGAUGCUGCUACAUCUAUUCUUGAAACUGUUCUUGAGGAUUUGAAGAGACAUCGAGAUUUACUCUUGUCAUUCAAGGAUACGUUUGAGAGAAGGGAUAGAUUAGUAAUUGAUACUAGUGAGACUCUUAAUAAUAGAAUAUCAAUAAAUCAAGCAAAACUUAAAUCAUUAUCAAGCCAAAAAACAUCAGAUCCGGAAGAUGAAGGUGAUCUUAAAGUUCAACUUAGAAAACAAAAUUUUGUACGUUAUUGUAUGCAUUCAGAACUCAAUCUACUUCAUAAAAGUUCAGCAUUCGUCUCACUUCUAUAUCGAAACUUUAUAAAUGAACAAAUGAAAUACACACACCAACUUUAUAAAAAUUGGGAUGUACUAAAUCCUAAAGUUCGUGAUAUGCCAAUUGAAACCAACGGGUUUGGUUAA